CAGGAUGUCUCUCGUCCUAACAUGGUUAUUCAGUUUUAUUUGAUGCCUGGUACGCAGGCUUGCAGUUACAGCUCAACUGCAGGCAAUUCGUGUAAUCCGUGGAAUGGAUUAAACCGGGUCCUGGAGGAUACUUUUGUGUUUAGUAGGAUAGUACUAAUUCUGCUGAGGUUUCCGCCGGUGUGCCCCCCAAUAUAUCAAGGUGCUGUCUAAAAUCACACCUUGAGUGGCGCUGUCAGUAAGUGUCAGUCGCUGUAAGAACUUUGGAAGGCAUCCGGCCUAGUGGCUGAAGCGUGCGGAUGGAUAGCAUUUGUUUUUUUGGAGAAGCGCCUCUUCACGCAGAUACCACAAGGUUUGUCAGAGGACUGGGGCUUUACUGCUCACCCGGAGUUUUUUGCACCAUCGGCGCGGCUUCGCCGCCGUGAUGUUCACGAUCUCAACAGUCCUGUCCCCUUCGGAACACGGACACGAACAAAUCUACGGGGACCCCACUGUCACCGCAUACGCGACCGUGGACCCCACGAACAACCUGUCACGCGUGGAGCAGCAGAUGGAAUCCAGCCUGGCAGAAUUUUUUUUUAUCGGGGUGGCGUUGUCGAUCAUCACUCUCGUCACUGUGGUGGGAAACAGCUUGGUGAUAAUUGCUGUCUGCGUCGUCAAGAAACUUCGGCAGCCCUCAAACUAUCUUCUGGUGUCUCUGGCCGUAGCGGAUCUCUCGGUAGCUCUGGGCGUCAUGCCCUUUGCGAUACUGACGGACCUAAAAGGGGGAAAGUGGAUUUUUGACGAGGUUUUCUGCAACAUUUUCAUUGGCAUGGAUGUCAUGUGCUGUACCGCGUCCAUACUAACCCUGUGUGUGAUCAGCGUAGACAGGUACCUUGGCAUCACACGACCCCUGACGUAUCCGGCCCGGCAGAACGGUCAGCUGAUGGCGAAGAUGGUUCUGGUCGUGUGGCUGAUCUCGGCUUCUGUCCCCCUGCCAACCUUCUGUGGCUGGGCUCAGAACGUCCACAGGGGUGGGGUUUGUCUAAUCAGCCAGAACCUCGGCUACACCAUCUACUCCACGUCCUUUGCUUUCUACAUCCCUCUGCUCAUCAUGCUCGUCCUCUAUUAUAAGAUCUUCCGGGCAGCGUGCAAGAGCAGCGGCAAGCACCAGUCCAGGGUGCCAGGAGGCUGCAGCUCCCUCUGCCACCUUCUGAGACACAAGCACCACAGCGCCUCUGUCUUCUGGUGGGAACAGAAGGCAGCCGCCACCCUGGGGGUGAUCGUGGGUGUUUUCUCCGUGUGCUGGCUGCCCUUUUUCAUCCUGAGUACCAUGCGACCCUUUAUCUGCAGAGCGGAGCAUGACUGUGUACCCGUGCGGCUGGAACGCACGCUGCUGUGGCUCGGUUACGCCAACUCCCUCGUGAACCCCCUCAUCUACGCCAUGUUCAACCGCGACCUGCGCAGCACCUACCUCGACUUGCUGCGAUGCCGGUAUCAUAACAUCAAUCGGCGCCUCUCUGCUGUGGCCGUCAAUGAGGCCCUCAGGGUGUAGACCCAGCCUGCAGGGAAGGAAGCGAACAGUGGGGGCGGCAGGGGCACCGGCGAGGGAAGUUUUCACACAAACCAGCCUUUGAGGAUUAGAAAGCAGCACCAAAUUAUUAUUAAAGAUAUUUCUGAUGGGUUUUAUGCGGCAUGCAGCUGUCUUUUCCACGUGUUCCUGCUCAACGAGAACACGGAGCACAAACGUAAGAGCGGUUUUAUGUUUUAAAGCAUUUGAUGUAUAUUAGGGGCACGCAUAUAAAACGCGGUUCAUACCAGUUUUCAUAAUAAAUAACUGAAGAAAUCCUGGGUUUUCAGAUUUACUGAUAGUAAUAGUGGGAAAGGGUUAUAAUGUGUUUAAAACGAAGGAUUUUCUGAAAUACAAAUAUCGAAGGGUGGAUUGACUUUCAAUGACCAAAUGUAGAUCUGCACACCCUGAGUAUUUGUCAUUGUACUUAUUGUAAAUGUUAGUACACCUUAAAAUUACAAGUCAGUGUCUUUCAGGUGAUAUAACGACCAUUUAAAUGCAUAUUUACAGGGGAAAAAAUGCAUAUAUUAAAACAGAACAUUUCCAUGCAUUAUUUCACACUGUCUGCACACGUAACCGUGGCGACCACAGAAGGGGGAUGCCUGCGAUGACCGGGGUCUUGAGGUCCCCCAAAAUGCAGUGAAAACGCAGCUCAUGCCAUUAAACAGUCGUUUCCUCUUUCAGAUCAAUACCGAUGAGCAUAAGUAUGCAUAUUGAAUUUUGCUCUUUCUAUUAAACUGAAUUUUGUUCACAGAAAGAGGGCCAUUUUGAACUUGCUGUCUGUAUCCACACAGAGACUCUACUGUGAGCUUUUUGCUUGUUUUUUGCGUAUGUAUUUUAAAUAUAAAAUUAUAUUUUAUAUUGAACGAUUACAUUAUUUGUAUCAAAAUACUUGUGUGUUCAGCAUUUUUGUACCUUAAAGAUACCGAAAAUACUUCCCCCGAACUGUAUAAGUGAUGAUGUCACAUACUGUGUGCUGGGAUGUAUAUCUUAGAUAUUUCAGCAUGUUUGAUCUUUUGUCUAGAUUCGUAUUUGCGCUGUACCUCAUUAAGCAGUGAAGAGCUGCCACUCACAUGAGAGGCCAGUUCAUCCUGUGUGCUGGUGAAGGAAGAGAUCAAACAGGACGACGUACAAUGGAAAUUUGUGAAAUGUCUUUUUAAAAUACAAAAUACCGUAGCUUAUUUUUAUACAUUGUCUUGUUGCUGUAUUUUGCACUUUAUUUCAAUACUCUUACAGUUAUGGAAUAUUUACAUUUUGAUGUAUUUUUUCCCAUCUCUGGUUGUACAGCAUCACACACAGCAGACAGUGGGUCAGAAUUUUAUUAAACAUAGCUGACCACGCAGAGAGCACUCCUCCACAGUGUCUUGUCUGUACG